AUGCUCCCUCAGACAAAUAGUGAUGAUGAUUCGCUGAUUGAUGAUGAUCAACUUGCAUCAAUUUACGAAGCAAUCUAUCCAUCAAAUCAAAUUAAUGUAGUUGACAAUAAUAAUAAUCAAAGUGUAUUAAUUGAUGAUAUAAUGAUUGUUGAUCCUUCUUCGGAAUCAACAUUUAGGAUCUAUUUGAAUGAAUUUAUAUUUACAGAAUAUGAAUAUGUUGAAGUUACUCGUAAUUAUGAAAACCAAAAGGAAUACAGAAAAACAAAUGUCAAUGCAUGUGGUUGGUUGAAGAAGAAUACUAAGAAUUCUACUCCAUACUUGGAUAAUAAGACGUAUCAAAUACCAUUAGAUCCUAAUGGUGACUACUUUAUUGAGAAACUGUUGCUAGUACAGAUUAGCCCUGGUAAGAUUCCAAAGAGAUACUCUCUUGAGAGAACUAUUCCUGAAUUUAGAGUCGAUGCAAGUGGUAAUCGUUAUAUUGGAGCAAAAUUGAGGAAAAUCAAAGCAUUUAAUGCUAAUCAAGAAACUGUGAACAGAAUUUUGAGGAUUUCCAAACAUAUACAGGAUAAAUUGAUCCAAGAAUGGCCUGAGAAUUUGAGAGAAGAUGUAUUUUUAUUACCAUUGGUUUCCUCCUCAACUGGAUCAUCAGAUAUUUCACUGUUCAAUGGUAUUCCUUACUUGGAUGUUUUGGAACAAUUCUUCUCUAACAAUAGUUUACUUAUCCAAGAUGCUGAGUUUGAGAAAAGGUUGAAAAACCCAAAAGGUUUAUUAGUCAGAUGUGAGCAAACAUUUGAAUACUCAAUUUUAGUUUCACCAGUUGGUCAUUAUCAAGGAAAAUUGCUUGGCAGAAAACUCACCAAAGAAUUGGUAAAGUGCUUCAUUAGUAACCCACACUUAAUAAGUGCCAAGAAUGCUGACAUUGAAAUUGAUCCAAGUUAUGUUUCAUUCCCCAGAUAUGGACUUGAACUUGUUGAACAAUUAAGAGAGCAAUUUUACAUGGAGUUAGAUGUAUUAAUCCAGAUGAAUCACUAUCAAAAAAUGUUAGAUUUUUAUAUUAUCAAAUUUCCUGGUUACCGUUUUCUUAAGGAUCCAUUAUUGAUUAGGGUAGCCCAUACCUUCCCUUCCUAUGCACACAAAAUGAAUUUUGGUCGUGGUCACUAUGAGAGAUUAGAGUUUAUGGGAGAUUCUGUGGUUAAUCUUACUGCUUGUGUAGAACUGAUCAAAUCUUGCAGAAACGAUGAUUCAAAGAAGGGAGAUUGGAAUGCUGGAUUCACUGUAUUGAUUGCCAACGAUUCAAUUACCAGAGAAGCAGAAAAGUUACAAAUUUCUGAACAUUUCCUCAAUAGUUCUGAUAAGUUUUCAAAAAAGGCACAGUCCAAUGUUAUUGAGUCUAUCAUUGGAGCAUUGUACAUGGCUGAAGGAAUAAGAGGUGCUCGAUCUUUUGCAAAGGAAUUACUUAUACCAACUAGCAUUGACUUUAAAUGUCUAAAGAAAUUUUCUAGCUCCUUCCCAAGCGUUUCAAAUGAGGGAGAGCAAUGGAAAAGAGAUGUUGAGCAUAUGAAGUUAUUUAUUGGACAAGAUAUUAUAGAAAAAUUGCAAGACAUUUUGCAUUAUAGAUUUAGGGAUGUUGGAUUGAUACAAGAGGCUCUAAUUAGCUGCAGUUACAAUAACACAUUUAUGGAUCUAAGAAAUGUACCCAUGACUGAAAAGAUUCAAAAAUUUUUGAAAAAGAGAAAUGAUAGCAAAAUAGUUGGCCUUUAUCAUUUGUACAAUAAUGAACAACUCAAAUUAUUGGGAUCAGCACUACUCAAGUUUAUGGUCACUGAAUUUGUUUACAAGAGAUUUACAGAAGCACAGCCAAGCAAAUUAACUUUGCUGGCUCACCAAAUAAUCUCAAAGCAAGGCAAAGUAUUCUCAGCUAUCCAUGAAAAGUUUAGAUUUGAUCAAUUCUUAAUGAAGACUGAUAUCGACGCUGAUUAUUCAGAAAUUCAGCAAUCCUAUGACUGUUUUACUGCCCUUUUGGGAGCUAUUUUCAUGGAUCAAGAUUGUUUAUUUUAUAAGUUUGAAUUUGCAACAAUUUCUAACACCUAUACAGAAGAGCUUGCCAAUUCUACUGAUCCUUGCUCAUCUUAUUUCCUCAAAAGACAUGAUGUUACUCCUGACAAGUUCUUCUAUUCAUUCUUGUUCCCUUAUAUCGAACAGUUUGAGUUGAGCCCUUAUACCAUUGAGCCUCCAAAGAAGCACACACUUCAACAUUUGAUCCAAGUCAACCACAAAAGCGUUCCAUCUUAUGUAAAGAAUCAGGACGUAUCCCAAGAGUUUUGUGUUACUAUUAUGGUAAAUGGACAAGAGUUCAGUAAGGGUGUUUCUUCUAAAUCUUUUGCAGAAGCAGAAGAACAAGCAAUAGAAAUGGGCUUGAAAAUGUUUUAGUGUAAUUAAAAUUGUUUUACUAUUG